AGUGCGCCUGUGCCGCGCGGGAUUGGCUGAACGCACAGACUGAGGCUCGCAGACAGCUCUGGGGCUUUGGAUGUGGAGGAUCGGCCGAACUGAGGCCCGUCUGGAGCUGUGGGGACAGAAUGCGUCCCACUUCUUGGCCGAACCGGUUGCUGCCCAGAAAUAAUGAGCGGGCGGUGCGCUGUGGCGUUGACAGAACUCACCAGACUCACAACGCUGUUGGACAUGCCGAGGACGCGCGCAGAUCCUCUGACUGGGAAACUUGUUCGUCGGUGGUUUUGAUGUGAGACAACAUGCAUCUGUUCCGGAGUCACAACUACCAAGUGUUCCCGCACCGCCACGCAGUGCAGACACCGACCGUGCGGGGCAUCAGCUGGACUCCGCUGCCAGAGGCCCUGGAUUCUAAGGAUACUAUGAAGCAGUAAAACAUGAGUUGAACUUCCAUGACAAGGAUUCCCAGUUCUACCGCUUCCAGGACUCUGAGUUUGGUUUGAACCACAUGACAAAUGAGAAAGACUUGGAGGACGAGCUGCAGGAAGCUCUGUCCCUGCUGUGUCAGCUGGGCCCAGACGCUCUGCUCACCAUGAUUCUACGCAAAAGCCCCAGUCAAAGAAGUGCUGAGGACACUGAAGUCAUCUACGAGGAGCUGCUCCACGUCAAGGCUGCUGCUCACCUCUCUGCCUCGGUGCGGAAGGAGCUGGCUGCAGUGCUGGUCUUUGAAUCUCAUGCUAAGGCUGGAACAGUUUUGUUCAGUCAAGGAGAUAAAGGCACCUCCUGGUACAUCAUCUGGAAAGGCUCAGUGAACGUGAUCACUCAUGGGAAGGGUCUUGUGACCACGCUGCACGAGGGUGAAGACUUUGGGCAGCUAGCUUUGCUGAAUGAUGCACCGCGCGCUGCCACCAUCAUCCUGAGAGAAGACAACUGCCACUUCCUUCGAGUUGAUAAACAGGAUUUUAUCCGAAUCCUCAAGGAUGUGGAGGCUAACACGGUGCGGCUGGAGGAGCAUGGAAAGACUGUGCUGGUGUUGGAGAAGAGUGAAAACUCAUCUGAACAGGGAGGAGCUGGAGCCAACAGCAAGUAUACAGUUAUGUCAGGAACACCGGAGAAAAUCCUGGAACACCUGCUGGAAACGAUGAAGCUGGACUUAAAUGGAAAUGAUCCCAUAGAUCCCUGUAUCAGUGACUUUCUGCUCACCUAUAAAGUCUUCAUGUCUUCCAGUCAACUCUGUGCUGCUUUGCAAAAUCAAUACCAGGCAGAGCUGUCUGAAGGCUCUGAACAGGAGAAGGACGCCUAUGUUCUCAACACCAAGCAGAAGGUAGUGAAGCUGAUUGGCCAAUGGGUGGCGCUGUACAGCUUUCUGCUGAAAGAAGAUCCAGUUACUUUGGACUUCUUAGAGAGAAUGAAAAAGGAGGUGGCAGCUGACUGUCGACUGUCCAACAUUCUGAAAGAGCAGUUUAAAGAGAGACGGAGAACGAAAAUGUUGGAGAAUGGUUAUCAGUCACUGAGCAGGAAUCAGCAGUUUGAUUGGUUUUCACACUGUGAGGAGCCAUCAGGGAGGGUCCUGCCCAUCAGAUCACAGGAUAAAGUGUUGUACGAGAUCUACAAGUCAGACUACAAAGCUCUGUCUCUGAUGCUCCCAGUGGACUCGUCCGUACAGGAAGUGAUGUCAGCAAUAGUCCAACCUGGUGGAGAUCAUGUCCUGGUCAAAAUGAACUCCAGCGGAGAAAGAGCUCAGUUAAAGCUGGAUGCAUCAUCAGUCUACACUGCCCUGGGUCUCAACGAGAGACUAUUUAUCUGCACGAGCAGUGAAGUGGAACAACUGAGGCCCCUGAAGGAGCAGCAGGGCCCCGAGCAGGGGACAGCUGACCUCAUUGAGCAGAUGAGCUCUAAAGACAUUGGCAUUGAGCUCACAAACUAUGACUGGGAAUUGUUCACUGCCAUGCAUGAGGUGGAGCUCGUCUACUACAUCUUCGGGCGUCACAAAUUCCCCGGUGCCAUCACAGCGAACCUGGAGCGGUUUGUUCGUCACUUUAAUGAGGUUCAAUACUGGGUGGUGACAGAGCUGUGUCUCUGCGAGGACCUGGUGAAACGGGCCGUUCUGCUCAAGAAGUUCAUCAAGAUCGCUUCAGUGUUAAAGGAUCAGAAGAAUCUCAAUUUAUUUUUUGCUGUGAUGUUUGGCUUAGGCAACAGUGCAGUGCAGAGGCUUUACAAAACCUGGGAGAGAAUACCGAGCAAGACAAAAAGGAUCUACUGCACUUAUGAAAGACUGAUGGAUCCUUCACGCAACCACAGGGCCUACAGACUGGCUGUCACUAAACUCAGUCCUCCCUACAUCCCCUUCAUGCCUCUGCUACUGAAAGACAUGACAUUCAUCCACGAGGGCAACCCAAACUGUCUGGACAAAUUGGUCAAUUUUGAGAAAAUGCGAAUGCUUGCAAAGACGGUGAAAAUUGUACGAGGAUGCAGAAGCCAACCUUACGUGCCUUCAUCUCCACAAAGGGGCCUAGCUGAUCGGAUAUUCCUGGAAGGUCCUACACGUUUAUCUACGAGCUCAGAACAUGCUUUCCCUCUGCGCACUCCCAGCAACAUCCGUCACUACAUCCAGAACCUAAAGGUGAUUGACAACCAGAGGAAGCUCACACAGCUAUCAAGAUCCAUGGAGUGCUGAGAYAUUGGCCUUCAGAGGGAGAAAGACUGAAAACAGUCUGCAGCACAGAACACGUUACAGCAGGAGGAACUAAAGCUUCACGCUCUUGGAGAGAAAUGCUCCAGGAGAUACAUGGAUGCUUCCUGCAAUUCAGUGAUGUUGGACUAAAAGUUUUUGCACUGCACAGCAUUGAGAGUGUAACUGUGCAGCAUGAACAGUAAUAACGUCUUGACUCUGUAAACGGGACCGCCAGUACUUUUAUCCAGCAAGCGUUACAUAACCUUAAAAAGGCCAUGUAACACUAUGAACAAAGAACUGCACACUCUGGUGUCGUUGUUCUUUUUAUGAGACAUUUUUAUGCCGACACAUCUGUGCCACAAAUAUUUUUUUAGCUUAUUGCGCACCAGUGUUUUUCCCUUCUAAAGUAAUAUAUUGUAUCAAAAUUUAACUGACAUGCACAUAAUUUCAUACUAUGUUGUUUUCUAAAUAAAUUAUUUUCCCAUCGAUGUACAUUCAA